AGCUACAAAAAUAAAAUUUCUUAUCUCUUCAUUUCCAGACAAUGUUCAAAUACCCCAUCACUCAUUGUGUUGCUGCCCCAGGCGUGUAUCGGAUGAUUCUUCAGCAGAAAAUGGCCAAUCUCAGGUUCCCCACCCUGAAGCAUUGCGUUACUGGAGGGGAGAGCCUGCUGCCUGAGGAGUUUGAACAGUGGAAGCAAAGAACAGACAUUCUCAUUCAUGAGGUCUACGGACAGUCAGAAACGGGGAUAUCUUGUGCUAUCAGCCAGGACAUGGAGGUCAAGCGAGGCUCCAUGGGGAAGGCCAUUUUACCCUUCGACAUCCAGAUCAUCGAUGAAAAGGGCAACAUCCUCCCGCCCAACACUGAAGGAUACCUUGGCAUCAGGAUCAAGCCCACCAGACCUCUAGGCCUCUUUGUUGAAUACGAGGUAAGGGUGCCCACCCUCCCCCCUCCAGCCUCAAGCAUGCAUGUGGGUUGCACUGAACCCUGAGACAAUUUCAAGUUAUCUUCUCUUCACUCCAACUUGAGGAAGGCCAUUUUAACUACACUCUAAGCUGUCGGCACAUAGUCACAUCCCUUUCUGUCCUAGCCCACUUCAGAUUUAAGAGCUAAAUGUUAGGAUAGAAAGAAGACUGACCUCAGAAUCACCAGACAGGGUCUCCAAUAAGCCCAACUGUCCCUUUGCAAUUGGAAGUGUUGGCACAUCUUGCCCAUGUCAAAUGAACAGAGCAUGUCCAGCAUCCACAUGCCCUACAUGAGAAAUAGGGUUGAGCUAUAAGAAAACCCGCUGACGUUUUUGAUCAUACAAACUCUGACCUUCCUGCUUAAUAGUGAUCCCAAAGAGCGGAUUCUUGGGCUUCAAGACAGACCAUGGAAGGGUGACCAGAUUCUGACACUAAUCUCAGGCUCCAUCUCCUUUCUCCAAACAUUCUUCACCUGCUGUUGUGACUGUGUUCACACCACAGCCUCAGGGAGCAGUCCUGUGGGUGUUUUUUACAAAUCCCCAGUAAUUGCAAUAGGCAAUUACAGGCAUGCGCAUACAUGUACAUGCACAUCCAUGAUUCCCAAACACAGGUAUUAUAUGUUGUAUAAAACAUAUGUGUGUGUGUGUGUUCAUUUUUCUUUUCUCUGUCUUAGAGUUUUGUUUCUGAGACUUAAGACUAAGAGCCUGGUUUUAGUAACAGGAUCACAUAACACAGUGCCCUCUGGAGGCCACAGUGUAAGGACUCCUCCAAGGAGACCUGGUUUAUUGUUGCUUGUUUUGGAAUAAAAUGGAGUAUAAAAUUUAUUUUUUUAAUGCGCACAUUUGAAUUCAUAACAGAGUGAAACCCUCACCAUCAUCUGUCUCCAGAGAAUCUACAGCCUAAAGAGAAACCCUGCACUCGUUGCAUGGAAGCACCCACUGCUUUCCCCUUUUACCCCUCAACCCCAGCAUCUACUUACUGCUCAGCUCCAGCAUCUGCUCACCUCUCACCCCUCAGCAUCUGCUCACCCCUCAUCCUUUUUCUGACUUUGUGAAAUUGCCUAUUUUGGAUAAUUCCGAUCGGUAAGAUCACGUGACACAGCUUAUUUCACUUACCUCAAAUUGUUAAAACUGAUUAUAUACUGGAAAAAGUAGUGUUUAUUUGUUUUGUUUCAGAGAGAUCAUCUUAAGAUCACACCAAAACAAGAAAAUGAAACUUUCUUCUUAUAUGUAUUUCAAACAGCAAACACAAGUAUAAAAACAUAUUAAAGUGAAAGUCAGGGGACAAAAUUUAGCCAAGGCAACAUGUCAAGGGAAUAAAACAGUUCUAUAAACCUAAGAGUCCUGUGACCCUGCCUCAGGGCACAGAGUCCUCCUGUCCUCUCCGUCCUCUGACAGGCCAACACAAGGAAGGCUGAGCAAUGCCUUGGUGUUGGGUAAUGUCUUGGUUCAGGGAGUGCAGAGGCUCUAUGACCUAUACGUUCAUCUUACACUUAGUCUUUAGAAUAAACAAAUUUGCUCUCUUUAUAAAUCCAGUCUGCUAUAAUAUGAGUGAGCACGAGUUAACCAUUGUUGUAAAAUUCUGCCGUUCUUCAGGAACACUCCAAAUGGAAAGGACAGGAGCUUUAUGGUAGCAGGAGCUGCAAAUAGAAGCAGCUGGGGUUUCCCUAGCAUCUUUCUAAAGAGCUGUGCAAAGCUCGGGGCCAUCUUAGCAAGCUAAGAGAAGCAGAGUGCUGCAUCAUUUCAAGCAGUUAACAGAGCACCGGCUUAACUGACUGCCAUAUCAACAAGGAGUUGUCCAUAAAACCUUCCUUCCAAUGGAAGAAGUGUUUUCCUCCAUUGUGUAUUUGAACCCCGCUCCACCCCUUCCCCUUCUUCUGAGUCUCUGGUAGUGGACCUUCGGUGGCCCUGGGAUGUUCUUCAAGUCCCUUAGGUUCUGUUCACUUUGCUACCUUUCUCCCUCUCUCUCUUCCUCUCUCCCUCUCUCUCUUCCUCUCUCCCUCUCCCCUCUUCUUUUUCUUCUUCUUCUUC